AUGGACGCCAUUCAGAAAGAGCAUGAUAAGGUCUGGAACAUCAGCAAGCAGUCAAAGACCCUUGGCCAUGUCGACGACAUCAUCAAAGCCCUACAGAAGGCUAGAGACUCCAUCAGCGAAGAUCCAAGCUCCAGAGAAAUCACCCUCACCAUGCUCCAAAACCCGGUCAAGACUUCAUUCGAUGGCAUGUUCUCAAGCUUAAAGGAUGCUCACGGAAUGCACAACAAAUACAGCAGAGCUCUGGAUAAGCUGUUCAAGGACAAAGUCCCAAGCAACGAGAUCGAUGCCUUAUCUUCCCAUCCCACCCUCAUCAAUCGAGCCAUAUACCUGCACCUACUCCGCGAGGGCUUAUUCGAUGUCGCCUCCACCUUGCACACAGAAGCUCUUGAGCGGCAAAAGACUCAACAGGAAACUGCCGGUCAGUUGGGAUUGGAUGUUUCCAUGGAACAUCCGCUAGGGCUCGACAAAACGUCCGAAGAAAAUAUGCAGGAACAAUUUGCCAACAUGUACCACAUCCUCAGCGAACUCAGAGAUCGCCACAACCUGCAGCCAGCUAUUGACUGGGCGCGGGUCAACGCUCCAGCUCUGGAAGCCCGAGGUAGUAACCUGGAGUUUGAGCUGUGCCGAUUACACUAUGUCAGCUUGUUUCUCGAACGUCAAGAUGGUGAUGACAACGAUUUCGCAGGGCCUCUACGAGCUCUCCAAUACGCACAAACCGAAUUCCAAUCAUUUCGAGGCCGAUAUCUGGUUGAGAUCCAACAACUUUUGGGCGCGAUCCCCUUUUCCUCAAAUCUAGAAGACUCGCCCUACCAAUUCAGAUUUAACAACUCUACUUCCUGGAAUGACGUCGCCACUUCUUUUACAAGAGAAUUUUGUUCCUUGUUGGAACUAUCCGCAGACUCACCAUUGCAUGUCGCUGCUACAGCGGGGGCCAUCGCUCUGCCCACUCUGAUGAAACUGCAGACGAUCCAGAAACAAAAGCGGACCGAAUGGACAUCACAAAAUGAAUUGCCAGUCGAGACUCCCCUGCCACCUUCGUACCGUUUCCACUCGAUUUUUGUCUGUCCUGUAUCCAAAGAACAGUCUACGGAUCAGAAUCCGCCGAUGAUGCUUCCAUGUUGUCAUGUCAUUGCUCAAGAAUCACUGCAGCGACUUUCAAAGGGCGCCAAGUUUAAAUGUCCUUAUUGUCCUAUUGAAAGCCAUCCAAAGGAAGCAAAGAGGGUGUUUUUGUGA